GCAUGUUCAUUAUCGUGUGUAUAUUCCUCCUGCGCGCCGCCCGCGCAUGUCACGGAGGAAUAAUUACCGAAAAACCAUGUCCGUGUAGACUUUAAUGCAUUUAAAAUUUUUUUCUAUGUCCAUCCGGAUGUACAUGCGCAUUUGCGUGCAAAAUUUGAUGAGAAUUGGUUGAGUGGUGCAAAAGAAAAACGCGGGCAAAAAAGUUACAAAGUCAAGUAUAAGAGAUUAAUGAUUUUCAAUAUUUUCUACACCAUGCAUAUGCACAUCAAGAUAAACGUUUAAAAAUUAAUUUAGAUUAAAAAAAAAUAAAUUUUCAUAAUAAUUCUGAAAUAUCGACGAACCUGCUGCUACCACAUAAUUGAUUUCUGCAUCACCAUGGAGUUAGAAAUAAAUACGUUACUCGCUACAUUCGAAGUAGAUUAAAAGUGAAAAUAAAACGUGUUUGAAACGUUAAACAAUGAAGACAGACGAAGCAGAUUCCUCGCAGAGGAUCCCCUCGAGGGGUCAAAGUACGAAAUUUGAGAGUCCAGCCUCGUCCAGAUUCAAACUUAGCGGCGCGGGAAGGCGCAAGAUUGCAGGAAAGAACCUAACCUCGGCUCUUUUACGAAAUCGACAAGCAUUUCGUAUCAUAGAAAAUGAUACCGACGUCACGCCAAAAUUAUUAACCCAUCCGACAUUCAGUUCUAUCGACGAACGUCAAAUGACCGCGUUUGAGGCAAUCGGAUUGUCUCAGACUAGCAGUGUCAGCGGAAGUCAAUUGCUGUCUUCUCCUUCCAUUAUGAGCGACUUCAAAAGUUCGAUGUCGAUUGCUAGGACAUCUUCCAUAGCACCUAGCGUAAUGCUAGAAGAUGAUGUACAGUUUGAAAGUUUAUUAUCCACUCAAACAGUAGAGUCAGGCGACCAAGACGAGGAUACAGCUCCUUCCCAGUUCAAUCUACCUAGUAUCGAUCCAAAUAUUUUUCCUACCCGACCAGAAACGGUGACGAUCAUUCUGAGGGAAACAGAAACAUUUUUCCUUUUCGAGAUGCAACCACGCACGGGUGAUUUACGCUCGCCAGAGGGUAUGGCGAUUAAGGUAGAAAACGAGAAUUACGAGUAUAAAACAGUUGGGCCUGGAUCGAACAGGAAAGUGGUAGACUCCGAAACUCAGACCAUACAGGUGCUCACACAAUCGCGAGGAACGUAUCUUGAUCGAAAGAAACGUAAAAAUCGAGGCGUGUUUGUGAACAAUUGGGUGAUGCAUGAUGUAUAUGCUACACCCGAAAUGAUGCUCAAAGAAGAUAACCUGCUCGUAGUGCACACGAAGGAGUCCAUGGAACAUUUGUUACAAGCAGAGGAGUUAAAGUCCAGAUUACCAAAGAUGAAGACAGAGUUAGGAACAAAGACCUCCGAGGACGAAUUGACGACCAUAUUUCGGCACCCUAAUUUUUGGAACGCAGUGCGUGUGAUAGAACGCAUAAUAGCGAGCAACAUCUUCAUCCAUGCUCAAAAACGUUUCACCGGAUUAAUCAAGCAAGAUCCCUGUAGUCUUGACUUGGAGUUCACCUACAGUUUGGAUCUUCUCUGGGCCAAUACCUGCGAAAUGAGCGAAGGAAGGCCAGUAUCUACUUUCCGCUGGAAUUACGUUAACCCAAGCAUUCUGGCAGUGGGAUACGGAGCAAAGGAAAAGUCCCAUACACAAAAUGGUGUUGUGUUACUCUGGAGCGCAAAGAAUCCCGAUAUCCCAGCUCGAACUUACAGUUUCAAUAGUCCAGUGGCCGACAUCGACUGGAGUCGGGAUAAACCGAAUCUGCUGGCUGUUGGUUUUUACAAUGGUGAGAUCAUAGUGAUCGACGUGAGCAGUGAGCAUAUCAAUAUAGUACGAAAAAGUCAUAGGGCCACGUCUCCUUCGAGCUCACCGCAAUGGCAGGUUCAGUGGUGGGCCGGCGACGAGCAGUUCGAGUACCAGGAGCAGAUCUAUACUUGCGAUCAAGAUGGCUGUGUAUAUUCGUAUCGUUACGUUCAAGACUUCACUUCUACGAAGAUCAUGAAGAUCUUCAGAAUAGAGGGCACGCUACCGGGCGUUAAUAGAACCACCCAUUGCAACGUUUACGACGUGUCAUUCAAUAGAAGUCCUGGGGCGUUGGUGCUUCGCAGGCACCCCACUUCAACCAUGCUCUACUUCGUCGCCUCGGACGAGGGCUGCAUUUACAAAUGUUCCACGAAUUACCUAUAUCAGCAUAUACAUAGCUUCCUGGCCCAUGACGGGCCAGUAUACUCGAUGAUGUUCUCUCCUUAUUGUCCGAAAAUAUUUUUAACGUGUGGCGCCGAUUGGUGCAUUCGUAUCUGGGCAGACGGACUCACGGAACCAUUAAUCACAAUGUCCACGACGAUGGCGUGCGUUCGAUACGCUGCAUGGUGCCCUACUCAUUCUACGAUCAUUGCCAGUAUUGUUAAUAAUGAGGUUUGCAUAUGGGAUAUUAGAAGGAAAACUUACGCUCCUGUGUCCAUCACGGUGUCACCUAACAGUGCCAGAUUCGUUAUGGCUGAUUUCACUGCGGAUGGUAAUCAGCUGGUCGUUGGGGACGUAGAAGGUGUCGUGUAUCUUUAUAGCUUAGAGGGUAUGCCGUUUCCACCGUAUAACCAAGAACAAGUACUGAUUGAUUCGAUCGAGAAAGUGAUGAUUACGAAGCCGAACCUUUUGAAAAAGUUGAAGAAGCUUGGACCACCGUUCUCUAAACACAAGAAGACUUGAAGUUGCCUUAUUUAGAGAUUGCUUUAUUUAAUGAAGUAUUUUAUCCUAGAGUAUUUGAGUUAUAUUAGUAAGUUUUUGAUAAAUAUAUAGGACCGGAAUGGAUCUCUUGCAUUACAAAUUAUACAUUCAAUUACUAAACUCGAGUUGAAUAGAGGAAGUCUAUUUUACUAAUAUAUAUUCGUACCGACAGAUGGCGCCAGCUACAUAGUUUUCAAAACAUGUACUAUGUACUUUAAA